UCAAGAGGACUCUAAAAAACAAUACUUGGAAUUGAAAAGAGAAGAUUUGGAGGAAAUUGCCAAGAUGGAGGAAUGUGAGAGUUUGUACUCGGAGAUGACGGAGCUCCAGGAGUUUCAGUGUGAAGCUUCAGAUGUGAUGAGCCAGGAUGAUGAAGAUGAAGUGGAAGAAUUACAAAACAGUCUCCGAGAAGUUGUCCAGGAUCCAUCGGUGAAGCCCAAACUCCAGUGCCUAAUGGUGGAUCCAUCAUUCUCGAUGGUAACAGUUCAAAGCGAGGACAGUGGGAUUGUUUGGGAGACGGCCUCUAGCCGCUGCUCUACUCCCUGGGCCUCUGAGACGAGUUCCACCUCUGAAGCCUACAGCAUGGAGGGCUCUGGAGCUGCAGGAAAGAUUACCAUUGUUUUUGAUGAGGAGAAAGUGGUUCGCAGGAGGACAAGAUCUGGAGGAAGAAGCAGCAGGCUGGGGGACAGGCUGAGUCGACCUGGCAGUUCAAGAUCAGCUUCAGCUCUUGGAGUGGAGAGACCGGAGAUGGCAGAGGUUUCGCUUCCCAAUGUCAAGCCGGAAAAAAGCAAAACAGAGACGGACUUGGAGGAAAUCAAAAACAAAGAUCAGCAGCUGUUUAGUUUGAUAUCAGAAGGUUAUGAGAUUCUCAACAUUAGAGUCCCCUCUAAACUACCCACUGUGGAUGAGGAGGAGAGUACAGAGCUGCAGGACAAUUUGUCUUAUCUGGACCAGACUCCAAAGAUCAAGUCCCGUAACCACCAUGAUAGGAUGUUGCAAGACAACCAAGUCCUGCCAGAGGGGGUGGAAAUACUGGAACAUCAUGAGCCCUCGAAGCAAGAUUCUUCUAAGCCAUCAGCAGACACAGAGCUUGGGCACACACCCACUCAGACAGAAAGCACCAGUGACAUCGACUAUUUCGAGAAGUUUACCCUUUUGGAUGUGGUGGCUCCUGGACAACAAGCACCAGAGCUGCACGAGGAGGUUAAACAGCCUGCGGCAAAAUUCCAAGCUGAGAAGCAAAAACCUGCUAAAGAAUUAGCCACAGGCAGCCCCUCUGCACCCGAGGACUCCUUUGUGUUUGUUUCAGAUGUAGAUAUAGUUGGGGAACACCUUGAUGAGGUCUUCUAUGGAGAAGGACUUCCUGCUGAUGCACUGCGUCAGAAAGAAGAGGACAAGAUGGAGCAUGGAGGAGGGCUGAGAAGCAGGCGAGAAAGCCAGAGGUCAAUGAAGGGGAGUGGAUCAGUGUUGUUUGAGAGUGAAGAGACCAGUCUCACUCCUAUCUUUAUCUCUCCUGGACCCCCUAAGAUCAUUGACCCGAUCCUGCUGGAGGAGCCAACUGCCAUGUCCUUCAUGUACUCUGACCUUUAUGAGGAUGCUGUAGGUGAGAGGAGAAACAGUGACGAGGAGUACUCUGAGGCAGAGAGUGUGGCAUCUGAGAAGUCAUACGUGAGAUGUUUGUCAGAUUCAGAGGAGGCAGAUGGGUACCUGGAGAAAUUCAUUUUAAAAGACGAAACUCCUACAGUGCAUAUUCAACCAGAAUCAGUGGCCAGUGAGGGGGAAGGAAGGAUGAUGUGGCCACAGAAUAAGUUUGAAAUGACAGGAUGUCUAAUAAGAGUAGCAGAAGAAGAAAAGAAGGAAAAGGCAAAGAAGGAGGAACCAGAGAAGCAGGAGUUCAGUGAGUCAAAACCACUGGAGAAGCAAAUGGGAGAUCAACGAGUGACUCAUGAAGAAGGAACAGACAAGACCGAGUAUUCUGACUGCACCACAGAAAAGCCGCUUGCUGAAACUCACCAGGUGGACUGUAAAGCAGAUCAAACCCAGCAGAGUGAGGGCCAUCAGAGAGAAGAAGAAAAAAAGUGUGAGGAAAGCUGUACCGAAACUGGGCAUGGCUGUGAGGAGCAUCGAGUGCCAGAAAAGACCAAUGAAGCGCUUGUAGUGCAUGCAGAUGAAACAGCAGUGACAGCAACCGUAAGCAGCAAGGUGCCUCCUGCAAUCACGAAAUCUGAAGUCCAAGCAGAAACCAGGAGUUUGUCUGAGGAGGUUGUUUCUGACACUAAGAUAGUGGCUGCUGAUGAGGAACUAGUAACCACGGCAGAGGCCUUAGCUGAAGUGAAAGAACCUGAGACUGUGAGACAGGAAAUGCUCACCCUGACUGAACCGUCCUGUCAAACGGAAGACACAUCAGCUGAAACAUCAGCAGUGGAGCCAAAAGAGGCAGCAGAUGUUGCACCUAUUGAAGUUAUCACUGACUGUGAUGCUGCAGUGCACACAAUUGUGGAGAUAAUGGAAAAAGCAGUGAAUGAAAAAGAGAUUCAAACCCAAGUUCAUGUUGAUCUUCAGGAGGUAGGAAGUGUUCAGACAGCAGAUGUUCCAGAAGAACAUGAAUCUCUCACAGAGGAAACUACUCCUGAGGACAUGUUGAGUAAAAAAGCUGUGGUUGCUGAGCAGGAGCUGGAGGUUACAACUGAACCUUCCAAUGAAGUAACCAAACCUGUGUCACAAGUUGUCAUGACAGAUUCAGAUGAGAAACAUCAUGAAGCUGAUAAGCAGCAACAAGACAUGACUGAUGGUAAAUCAGACAAAAGAGACUCUAAAAUACCUGCAGAGACUACUAGGACUUUGGUUCAGGACAUAGUGACUGUAGGUGAUGACCUAAUCCUCCUCGUCCCCAAAGGACAAGCUGUAGAGAUGGAUAUAGAGAUCAGUCAGUGGUCAGAGAAGGAUACAGUUCCUAUCCCAGAGCCUGAUUCUACAGGUGAACUUCAGGCACUAGUAGAAGAAACAAAGAUGGAACCUCAAGUUGAAGUAGAACCAGAAACGUCUGUAGAAGAAAAAGAACAAACCAGGAAUGAUUUUCACACGGACUAUGCAACAUCUGCACCCAUGGAGGAAGUUAACUCAGAGGAGCAGGAGAUGCAGAGGGACCUGGAAAAAGACAAAGUCAUCUUUUCAUCACAAGAGAAUUCAUCUGGACUGCGCAGAGAGGACGCACAGCUUGAACAGACAGAUGCAGAGCAAAAGGCAGAGAUCCACGAGAUGGAAGAAACAAGCAUUAUUAAAGAAGAUCUAGCUCCAUGUGUUGAUCUGCACAGAGAGGAUGUUGAGCAAAAGAUGGAGCAAGAUGGGGGAUUUGAAGAGCCCGUGCCUGAUAUCGAGAUGGAAUAUGAGGUAAUAUCUGAACAGGAUGCAAAAGAGAUGCCAGAACCUGAAAUACAGCGAGAUGUAGGUGGGCUAUUUUUACCUGAGCCUAGUCUAAAGAAAAAAGAGGAAGAAGAGAUGGAGGUAGAGAAGGUAGAUUAUUUCCCAGAAGAAGAGCUGAUUGAGGCUGACUAUGAAAUAAUCGAUGCAGAGGAGGAAAAGCAAGCCCAGCUGGCUGCUGAGCUGCAAGGGAUGGACUGGUUCUGUCUGACCUGUGGAUGCCUGCUGUCAGAGAAAGACUGCAUGUCUGGAGAGCAUCACAGCCAUGAUGUGACUGCUGUGGACACAGCCUAUGAGGAAAUCAAGGAGACACUGAAUGGCUGGAUCUCAGAGCUUCAGGAGAGGUCAGAGAACAUUGAGGACUUGGUGUCAGAGCUCGAGAUGGCCUACAAUUCUGUAGAGGAUCAGUUCAUAGAGACCGAGGCAGCAAUGCAGGCGCAGAACAAGGAGAUGAUGGCCCUGGUGAUGGAGCAGUACAAUAACAUGUCGAUUAGCAUGGAAGAGGAGAAGAAGACCAAGCUGGAGCAGCUGUAUGAUCAGAUUGUCUCCUUCCAGGAGAGUAUUGACUCUGCCAAGGCCAUUCUGGAGACCACAACCAGAGAGGCUGAGACUGAGGCACGGUCAUCUGAAGACAUUCAUGCAAGACUCAACGCAGCUCUGGACUCAGCCUCAUCAAUGGAGCUGGGCCCCAAGGGACUGCUGGUGUUUGAGGACUAUGCCAAGGCCAAUACUUCGAGCUCAAACCUCGCACAGCGCAAGGGAAUCCCAGUGCCUCAGAGGCCUACAUUGCAGCCGCAGGAGCCAGGCUCAGCCACCAGCACCAGUGUCACUGUUUACUGGAAAGUCAACCCUGGAGAUGUCAUAGACUGCUUCCAGGUCUACUGCAUGGAAGACCCACAAGGAACUGUGUCAGAAGAAUAUCGUGUAACAGUGAAGGAGAGUUACUGUGUUCUGGAGGAACUAGAAUCUGACAAGCUGUACAAAGUGUGGGUGAUGGCUGUCAACUAUACAGGCUGCUCUCUGCCCAGCGAGAGACUUACCUUCAGAACCGCUCCAUCAGUGCCAGUGAUUGACACAGAGCGUUGCACCAUCCUGUGGGAUUCAGCUACUCUGAGGUGGAGCUCAGCAAAAGAGAGUCCAGGACAGAGUUACACUUUGGAGUACUGCCGACAGUACGAACUGGAAGGAGAAGGGCUCAGAUCCAUAUCAGGUAUUAAAACCUGUGAACAAAAGGUUAUCCUGCAACCCAAUGAGAAUUACCUGUUUUACAUCAAAGCCGUGAAUGAAGCUGGUGCCAGCGAACAGAGCGAGGCUGCACUCAUUUCCACAAAAGGGACGAGGUUCCACCUGCUGAAAGCAUCAGCUCAUCCUGCUCUGCAACUCUCCGAGAACCAGACCACUCUGCACUAUUCCCAGGAUGCGCACAAAACUGCCUCACUCACAGCCACACAGUGUCCAUCCAUCCUGGGUGAGUUGCUGCCAGCACGAGGGAUCUACUACUGGGAAACCAAUGUGUCACAAAGUAUGGCCUACAGGCUCGGAGUGGCAUACAGCGCAGGCAACGGAAGCAGCUCACUGGGAGAAAACAGCCUGUCCUGGUGUUUGCAGUGUAUUCCCUCGCCAUCAGGUUGCAGGUAUCAGUUACUCCACAAUGACAUUCAGUCCAGCGUGUUUGUGACUGAGAUGUCUGACCGAGUGGGUACUCUCCUGGAUUACCAGCUUGGCCGUCUGUCUUUCUACAAUGCCCAAAGCGGUCAGUUAUUAGGGGCCUUCAGACAGAGUUUCACCCAGCCAUGCCAACCUGCUCUGGCCCUGGAGUUGCCUGGCAGCCUGGAGCUCGGCAUGGUGCUGGAGGUGCCCGAGUUUACCAAGGACAGCUGGCUCCAUUAGCAGCCUCACACACUGAAGAGUUUACAGGCCAUGAUGGACUCUUAAAAUGUUGCAGAAUAAGGUAGAAGAGAUGAUUCCUCUAAAACUAAUGUAUAGGUUUGUGUGUUGUUAGAAGCAAGAAACCACAUAAAACUCAAUUUAAAAUAAUUUUUCUGCAAUGCAAAUUACAUGUGUAAUUGGGUAAAAUUUAAAUAGACACUCUUAAUUAAAAAAAUAAAGGGAUACCUAUGUGAUAUCUACUUGUACUUUUUAUGGAAGGAGAAAUGAAAUGUGGGAAAUGUUAUAAUUUUGAAGAAAAUGUGACAAUUUUUUACUGUUUUUGUAAAUGUUUAGUAAUUUUACCCUGUUUAUUCAAUUCCUUUCUGACAGAUAUGGUUAGUAAGUGCACUGAUAACGCAUUGAAAUCAAAAGCAACCAUUGUAUAAUUACUCAACAAAUUACUAUUCAAGUUUUGUUGUUGUUGUUGUUUUGUUUGUCACCACAAAGUUUUAGAUGGAGUUUGUGUCUCCAAACAUACACUGUGGCACUUUUUAAACUG